AUGAAUUUCCUGCGGUUAUUACCCAUUGUGGUGAUGUUUGGAUUUCUUCUUUCCAGUUACGCCUAUUACGUGGAGCAACGCUUCGCCAAAGCCCAACAACUCGGCAUUCCAUACCGUGCUUACUGCGAUGUUGGCGUUUUCUCCUGCACGCGUGUGUUUGCCUCCGAGUACGGUGCCAUUACACAACUCUUUGGUUUGCCAAGUGUGUCUAAUGCUGCGGUGGGAAUGUUGUUUUAUCUUGCCGAGCUCGCCGUCUGUCGAUAUCCACGGCUGCUUUUUCUAAUGAGUGCUGUGAGUUGUGUGGUCUCUGUUGGACUUUUUCUUAUCUUGACGGUUAUUCUGCAUGAUUUGUGUUUGGUGUGCUGUUCAAUCUAUAUAGUGAACUUCCUUACGGGCAUUGGAUCGUGGCGGUGGUUAAAGCAGCUGCGAUCAGAGGCAUCUAAACAGCAGAGAAAAGAAAAAAAAGAAGAAAAAGUAACGAAACAAACAAUAGAAAGAAAGAAAAAGGAGAAGGAGAUAUAA